AUGCCUCCAACGGAAACACAUGACGGCAUGCUUUGCCUGUCGAGACACGAGAACUGCCCUUGGGAUGAAGCCCUAAAGUCAGCAGAAUUGACAUGGACUGGAAUCCAAUAUACGUGUUUGAAGAUAUUGCAUCUGUACUGCAAAGUUUUUGAGAGAGAAGAUGUUUUGGAAAUGGUUAUUAGAUGCAAAGUAAAUGACAUGGUGGGCUUGGCGUUAUUCAUUCCAUUAGAUCGUGCCAAAGGUCGAAGUCAAGGAGUUUUUAAGCGAUGGAAGCAUCUU